AUGCCCGGUAUUAAUCGAACUACGAUUGAGCAUCAAUUAAACACAGAUCCUACAUUCAAACCUAUCAGGCAAAAGCGAAGAACAUUUGCUGCGGAAAGGAACAUGGCUAUAUCAGAAGAGGUGAAUAAGCUUAUGAAAGCUGAUUUCAUCCAGGAGGUUCAUUAUCCCGACUGGUUGGCCAAUGUUGUUUUGGGUAUAACCAAAUCUCAAUGCACACGCCAGACAGAGAUAAAACCUCUUUCAUCACGGACAGAGGUUUAUAUUGCUAUAAGGAAACACCAGAUGAAGCUCAACCCAAGUAAAUGUGCCUUCGGAGUCUCCUCUGGGAAAUUCCUCGGUUACAUGGUAAGUAGAAGAGGGAUAGAAGCUAACCCUGAGAAGGUCCAGGCGAUUCUCAACAUGCAGUCUCCAGCAUCGACCAAGGAACUUCAAAGAUUGACAGGAAGGAUCGCAGCUCUGAACAGGUUGAUUUCCAGGGCGACCGAUAGGUGUUUGCCUUUUUCCGUGUGCUCAGUAAGCUUAGCCUUGGUCCGCGAAGAGGAUGGAAACCAGAAACCGGUAUAUUAUAUUAGUCGUGCAUUCAGGGGGGCGGAAGAAAGGUACCCAAGGAUAGAAAAGUUGGCAUUUGCUCUAGUUAUCUCCGCGAGGAAACUCAGGCCUUACUUCCAAGCUCAUACAAUAAUAGUAUUGACGGACCAACCACUUAGGCAGGUUCUCCGCAAACCUGAUACUUCGGGGCGACUCAUGAAGUGGUCGGUAGAACUUAGAGAGUUCGAUAUCCAAUACAAACCCCGAACGGCCUUAAAAGCCCAGGUACUGGCAAAUGUUAUAGCGGAAUUCACACCAGAAGAUGGGCCCGAGCAUGCUGUAGAUAAGCAGGAAGAAGCCGAAUCUACUUGGACGUUAUAUGUGGAUGGGUCUAUCAACGCCCGUGCAAGUGGGGCAGGGCUAGUAAUUAUCUCCCCAAAUGGGGAAUGCAUCAAAUAUGCACUCAGGUUUGGUUUUAAAGCAACCAACAAUGAGGCAGAGUAUGAAGCCCUCCUAGCAGGCCUCAGGAUAGCGAAAGCUUUGGAAGGGGAAUAUGAAGCCAAGGAUGAGAAGAUGAAGACCUAUUUACAUAAGAUAGAGGAUAUCAAGGGUUUUUUUAAGAAGUUUUCUAUUCACCGGAUUCCCCGAGAAGAGAAUGCGCAGGCAGACGCCCUGGCUCGACUGGCAACCACAGAGGAAGAUAAAGCCAUACCCGUGGGAUAUUUGGAUGAGCCUAGCACGGUCUGGGAUUGGCCACAGAAAAUACACCAGGUGGGCCAUGGCAUGGAGUGGGCAGAACCCAUUAUCAGGUACAUUGAGAACGAAGAGCUACCCCAGGACCGCAUGGAAGCAUGA